AUGGAACUCUACCCGGAAAUUUCGCGUCUUACUCUUGACGACGAUGAAAAGACAGCACUGUUCGUGCAUUUUACCAAUAAACCUGCUCAGAAAGCAGAAGCGGCUGCAGUUCUAUCAGCCUGCAAUAACGACGCCGCCAGGUUAUUUAUACUGAAGGACCCCUUCCUUGUAGAAAAUAAUUCAAACGAUGUAUUUCUCUUCGUGGACAAUUCAAAUUUCUUCAUCCAAGCGAAAAAAUCCACUAAGUCACCUACGCUCAAUAUUGAUUACGGACGGCUCCUUAUGACAAUUAAAGGUGAACGUAACAUGCCCGAUCCGCCAGUUCUUGUUGGCUCAAUUCCGCCACCAUAUGAUACAUUUUGGAGGCACAUUGAAAAAAAGGGGUACAAUGUCACUCUGUUUGAAAGAAAUAUCAACAAUCAUGAAAAAGAAGUUGAUACCACAGUUGCAUCGCGUAUUGUUCAAACUGUCUACAAAAACAGCCAUCCUGCUAUAAUUGCAUUGGUUGCAGGUGAUCUCGAUUUUCGCCCCCCAAUAAAUAUAGCUCUUGAUGAAGGGUGGAAGGUCGAAUUAUGGCAUUGGGACACUGAUGACUCAACUCAUGAUGAGCAUGUCCCUCCCUCCCUAGGAGCUGCUUCUUAA